GGAUCAGGAAGUGGGCAGAGUCUAUGCAGGAAUCCCGAGCCGAGCUUAACGCCAACGGCCGUCUUCUCUCGAUCGGUCAACCGUUUCACCGUUUUCUCCUUUAACAUCCAGGUUACAUGCUGCGGGGCUUCCUCUCUGGUCGACGCAGACGCUUUUCUCCGGAUCUGUUCGUUUCGCAGCUACAGCUAUGACUUCUCUCACGCAGAGAACCUCGGGCCUCGUCCAGCGGAGGACCGAGGCCAUUCGCAGCGCCGCCGCCGACAAGGAGAGGGAGUCCGGCGGGGAGGAGGACGAGGUGCGCCGCGGGGAGGAGGAAGACGACGACAAGGGGGACUCGAAGGAAACCAGGCUCACGCUCAUGGAGGAAGUGCUGCUCUUGGGCCUCAAGGAUCGAGAGGGCUACACGUCUUUCUGGAACGACUGUAUUUCUUCCGGCCUCCGCGGGUGUAUGCUGGUGGAGCUGGCCCUCAGGGGGAGGCUACAGCUGGAGGCCUGCGGUGUGAGGAGGAAAAGCCUGCUCGCCAGGAAGGUGAUCUGCAAGUCCGAUGCUCCAACAGGAGACGUGCUACUGGAUGAGGCCUUGAAGCACAUCAAAGAAACCCAGCCUCCAGAGACUGUCCAGAGCUGGAUAGAGUUACUGAGUGGAGAGACCUGGAAUCCCCUCAAGCUGCACUACCAGCUGAGAAAUGUCCGAGAACGCCUGGCAAAAAACCUGGUAGAGAAAGGAGUUCUCACCACAGAGAAACAGAACUUCCUGCUUUUUGACAUGACCACACAUCCACUCACCAACAGCACCAUCAAACAGCGCCUUGUCAAGAAAGUCCAGGACUCUGUUUUGGAGAAGUGGGUCAAUGAUCCCCACCGCAUGGACAAGCGAGUUCUGUCCCUGAUUCUUCUGGCUCAUUCAUCUGACGUCCUUGAGAACGCCUUCGCCCCACUCCAAGACGACCAGUACGACUUGGGCAUGAAGAGAGUCCACACUCUGCUAGAGCUGGAGCCUGAGAAAGAGAGCACAAAGCCCAACACCAACGAACUAAUGUGGGCUGUGGUGGCGGCAUUCACUAAAUGAAAAUACCUGAUUACUUGGACUGAAAGAUCUGGCUAUGGUCUGUGUUAUUUAAUUGGUUGAAGGACUUCACUUAAUAAGACAGACUUCACUCUAAUGAGACAAUCUAUUUUGGUUGGGGAGCCUGUUUAUACAUCUAUUCCGGAUGACGUUUUGGUGGUUGUCCAUAUUAUCACAGUGCAAUCUGAUUGGUGGUGGGCUUCACCGAGUAACAGUUGGUUGGAUGGAACGGUCUCUAAAUGAAAAACGACUGGCUGAGGUAAAUAAUCUGCCGCUGCAAAGCUGGAUUUACUUAAAAAAACAUCAACACUAUGAACAGAUGGGUUUCUGUUAAUGUUAGAUGACAUCAGAGAACACAGCAGGUGGCAGCCACAGUAGUCAUGGUGGAAAUGAAGAUAUUGACUGGGGCCAAGUUUCCCUUCUACACCACGGGAACAUCAUCUCUACAUUACUUCAAGAUCAGGCCAGAAUCUGAAAGCUGGUCUCCAUACUCCCACAUGCUUAUGCAAGGAUAAAGGAUAGCAGAUCACACGGCUAUUGAUGCUCUUGCACUCCUGCUUCCACCUGUUCAUUCCCACUUGUGUUGGGAGUACAUGCUUAGGGUUACUGUUAGAGCAGACUACCUGAAUGUUUACCACAUUUUUUUCUCUUCAAAUUCUCUUUCCUCCUUUCUUCCUCAUUGUAUUUUGAGGAGGCCAGAGAGGAUAAAUACUAGAGUUCAGCUCCUGCAUCAGUAAGCGUGCGGUGGAUAAUUUGGCUCUAAUAAAAUUUGGCCUAAAUGAAGAAUUAAACCUCAACUCUGACAAAUUUCUUUUAUUUUCUAUUUUCGCGAGGGUCCAUUCUGAGUUUAUAGAACGUGGCUAGUCUUCCAUUUCUAUUUAUGUUGCUAGUCGAUGCUUGGAGUAGCCUGCCGUUUAUCAGCUAUUUUGCACAGUCAAUAGCCCUGUAGGUAGGAUAGUAUUUAUAGGUAUUUUUCAUGGGUUGAGUAACCCACUUGUGAAGAAGAGAUUGAAAAUUAUGAACCUUAGCAACUAUGGUAAAAUAAAAAAAAAGGUCUCACUUAUUUUGUCUACAGCUAUUGAGCUAUGUGCAUACUUUAAAAUCAUUCCUCUGCACAUCUGAAAAAAUAAAUUACAAUGCUUCUGCUAUUUUUUUAAAAUAAUGAAUCAAGAUGUAAAGAUGCAGGACGGACAGGUUCUGAUCUGUUCAGAUUUGGAUCUUUAAACAAGCUACACAAAAUUUACAAUGAUCAUUAGUUCCUGCUUAUACUAAUAGGCUGAAUAUUGUUAGCCAAAUGAGCUAGCUUCAGUUUAGUUAAUGUUAAAGGGUUGAUUCACCCAAAUUUAUAUGCAUAUAUAUAUUAAAAAAACAAUUUUUCUCACUUAACUAUAGUGGUAUCUAGUCAUGCAGACAGUCACGAUAGUGUUUGUGCUUUGGGAUAUUUGUCUCUGAAUACAGUGAGGGUGAACUGAAAAAUUCUCAUCAUAGGCAGCACCUCAAGCAGGAGUUACUCUGUGACUAAAUCACGUUUGACAAUAAACUGUUUUCCUUCCACUUAAGAAAUGAUCCCUAUAAAACCUGCAUGUUGGGUGGAUUAUAUUAUACCACUAGUUACCACUAGAGGUAAGCGAGGAAAUGUUUUGUGUAAUUUGGGUGAGCUGAUCCUUUCCCUCUUGCAGUAUGAUGCAUCUCUCAGUUUGUAUGUCAUGUCAUAAUUAGAUGUUAUUUCUGUCUAAUAUGCCCAUGUGGGCACGUCGUAUUGUUUUAUACAUGCAGAUGAUGGGAGGGUUACUUGGGCCCAGAAUAAUCCUUGUCAAUGACUGAAAUAUUUAAACAACAUGCACUCAUUUGGAACAAAAACUAACUCCCAACAUGCUUCAGUGCAGCUCUGGGAAACCUUAUAAAGUCACGAUUAUAGACAUUGUUCUGGUGUGAUGGGAGUGAUCUGUGGAUGAAGUUACAUCACAUAUUGUUUGAUGGCAUACUUACAGUAUAGUUCUGUCUUCUUUUUUUUUUUCAACCUACAAAAUACUGAUGGGUAUGAAGAACUGUUGAGAUGCGUUUACAGCAGAGACCAUGCAUGCUACUGGUGGAAGGCUGGGGUACUUGUGGAUGUAGCUACAGAGAAAAGGCUUGUAUGUAAUUAUUAGUCAUUUUAUGUGUACGAUCUAAUGGAAUUCAAUGAAAGGGAUCUUCUCUCCUAUCCUCUAUAAUUCUGUAUGCUUUUUGUAUUACCACACAAAAUAAAGUAAGGAUCCUUUAAGUGCCUGAAUUUACAA